AUGAAUAUUUGGGCCUUUUCAUAUUUAUUAGCAGCAUUAAAUAAAUUUCCAGAUGGUAUUAGUCCGAAUAUGCCAGAAGCCAAUCAUUCAAGGGCAAGUGCAUUAGUAAUCCCAAGGUGUGCAAAGCAUUUCGGGUCUCCUUUCCAACAGCAACAUGAUCAAACUCCAUUACAAUUGUUAGCGUCUGUUCCCACUACACAACGUCAAUAA